GACCAUGUCCCUGGCUGAUGAGCUCCUGGCCGAUCUCGAAGAGGCCGCGGGGGAGGAGGACGAGGCCGAAGGCUCCGAGGGGGGGGAGGAGCCCCCGAUCGAGGACGUUCGGGAGGAGCCGGAGCCGCUCGAGGCGGCCGAGAGUGUGCGGAUUUUGGGCCCGGUGGAAGCAGCUCCUGAGUACCGCGUGAUCGUUGACGCCAACAACCUCACGGUGGAGAUCGAGAACGAGCUCAGCAGCAGCUGUCGGAGGAGGAGCUGGGGUGCAUCGAGGGGUUUUGGGGCGGUUUUCCAGGGGUGUUUUUUGGGGUUUUUGGGGUCCCCAAGUCCGAAUUUCCCGUUUUUCACCCCGAAAUGCAGGCAGCAGCUGUCGGAGGAGGAGCUGGGGCAGUUUUUGGGGCAGUUUUUGGGUUAUUUUAGUGCAGUUUUUUGGGUUUUUUGGGUUUUUGGGGGUGUUUUUUGGGGUUUUUGGGGUCCCCGAGCCCGAAUUUCCCGUUUUUCACCCCAAAUCAGGCAGCAGCUGUCGGAGGAGGAGCUGGGGCGCAUCGAGGACGCGUGUGACAUGGCGCUGGCGCUGAGCGGGGCCAAACUGAGAAUUUAUGAAUACGUGGAGUCCAGGAUGUCCUUCAUCGCCCCCAACCUGUCCCUUAUCCUUGGGGCUUCCACAGCUGCAAAGAUCAUGGGUGUCGCUGGAGGCCUCACCCCUCUCUCCAAACUCCCUGCCUGUAACAUUCUCCUGCUGGGCGCUCAGCGCCGAACUCUCUCGGGUUUCUCCUCCACCUCAGUCCUGCCCCACACGGGUUUCAUUUACCACAGCGACAUCGUGCAGUCCCUGCCGCCGGAUUUGAGGAGGAAAGCGGCGCGGCUCGUGGCGGCCAAAUGCACGCUGGCGGCGAGGGUGGACAGCUUCCAUGAGAGCCAGGAUGGGAAGGUGGGGUAUGAGCUGAAGGAGGAGAUCGAGCGUAAAUUUGACAAAUGGCAGGAAUAUCGGAAGAUGAAGGAGCGCCUGGGGCUGACGGAGAUCCGCAAGCAGGCCAACAGGAUGAGCUUCGGGGAGAUCGAGGAAGAUGCCUACCAGGAAGAUCUCGGUUUUAGCCUGGGCCACCUUGGCAAGUCCGGCAGUGGCCGCGUUCGCCAAACCCAGGUCAACGAAGCCACCAAGGCCCGAAUCAGCAAAACCCUUCAGAGGACGCUGCAGAAGCAGAGCGUGGUUUAUGGAGGAAAAUCCACAAUUCGGGAUCGCAGUUCGGGCACGGCCUCCAGCGUGGCCUUCACCCCCCUGCAGGGCCUGGAGAUCGUGAACCCGCAGGCGGCCGAGAAAAAAGUGGCCGAGGCCAAUCAGAAAUAUUUCUCCAGCAUGGCCGAGUUCCUCAAGGUCAAGGGCGAAAAAAGUGGGGUCCCCACGCCCCCCUGAGACCCCCAAAACCCUCCCCAAAUUCCUGGGAAAUUCCCAGACCCCUCCCCAAAUUCCUGGAAAAUUCCCAGGAAAUUCCCAAACUCCCACUCCUUUUUUUUUUCGUUCAGGUUUUCGGUUUUGGGGAAUUUUUUUGGGGGGUCCUGGAGGUCGAGGGGGGUGAA